UUUCACUCCCACUAUCCUCCUCUCCCUCCUCCAGUAUGCUGCUCUCCUCUCUCCCCUCUCUGCGCCCCAUUUUCAUCUCAACUUGAACUAUUCGUGCAUUUAAUUUUUAAUGAUAAACCUAGAGUUGGCUCAGUCCCCCCCCCCCCCUCUCUCUCUCUUUCUCUCUCUCUCUCCAUCUCUCUCCCUCUACUCCCUACUCUCUGCUCCUCUCUUCGCCACCUGUUAGUCUCCCUCUCCUCUCCGCACUGGAAUCCCCUCUUUUUUUAUGAGGAGUUUCACACUUGCGCUAUCACUGAGCCCUAUGACUGUGCGAAAAGGAAAACGUUUAGGCAUCUCCAUCCAGGAGCACAUGGCCAUCGACGUCUGCCCGGGGCCCAUCCGCCCCAUCCGCCAAAUCUCCGCUUACUUCCCUCGCCUCUCGCCCACCUCUUCCUUCUCCGAGCCGCUUUCGCCAAAUCACAUGGCGGCUCCGGCCUCGCUCAGCCCUGGCAGCGCGGGUCAAGGUGGAGGCGCCGUUGGAGGGGGAGGGGGUGGCGGGAGCAGCGGCCUGUUGUCCCCGCUGUUACCAGGGGUAGCGGGCGGAGGGGGCUCGCUAUCAGCCAUGAGCAGCAUGGACACCUCCAUCGAGAUUGACAGCUGUGACAGCGACGAUAACACCGCCCUGGGGACUCUCGAGUUUGAUCUUCUGUAUGAGAGAGCCACCAGCUCCCUGCACUGCACAGUCCUGAGAGCAAAGGGUCUGAAACCGAUGGAUUUCAACGGUUUGGCAGAUCCUUACGUCAAGCUGCACCUUCUGCCAGGGGCUUGCAAGGCCAAUAAACUGAAAACCAAGACUGUUCGCAACACGCUGAACCCCGUGUGGAACGAGACGCUCACCUACUGUGGCAUCACAGAGGAAGACAUGUACCGCAAGACGCUCCGGGUGUCCGUGUGCGACGAAGACAAGCUGACACAUAAUGAGUUCAUUGGGGAGUCGCGGGUGGCCCUGCGCAGGGUGAAGCCUGACCAGACCAAACACUUUAACAUCUGUCUGGAGCAUCCACCUCCUCUGCCGUCACCGACUGCGAUGAGCACAGCCCUGAGAGGAAUCUCCUGUUACCUGAGAGAGUGGGAGACGGAGCAGCAGAGGAGUCUGGAGGAAAGAGGCCGUCUGCUGCUCUGCCUGCAGUACCUCCCCCCGGCCAGUGAUGGCGAUGUGAAGGGCGAGGCCAAGGAGAGGGCCCGAGGGGGGCUGUGUGUGGGCGUCAAACGCUGUGCCCACCUGGCAGCCAUGGACGUCAACGGCUUUUCAGACCCCUACGUUAAAACGUACCUCAAGCCCGAUGUUCACAAGAAGUCCAAGCACAAAACAGCGGUCAUAAAGAAAACUCUCAACCCAGAGUUUAAUGAGGAAUUUUUCUAUGAAAUCUCCUUCUCUGAGCUGGCCACCAAGACGCUGGAGGUCACAGUGUGGGACUACGACCUGGGGAAGUCCAAUGACUUCAUAGGGGGUGUGUGCUUGGGGUGUCACUCGCAGGGAGAGACCCUGCAGCACUGGAUAGACUGUCUGAAAAACAAGGGCACGAAGGUGGAGCGCUGGCACACGUUGACCAAUGAGCUGCCUGGAUCCACAGCGCAGGAAUGAACUGAGCCUCGUCCACCGCACUGGCACAGGAGAGAAGACCUGGCGACACGGGAUAAGAGACGUUUCAUCGCAUGCCCUGAGGAUUUCUUGCAUGACUGUGACAGAUUCAUAUCCUACUUACUUUGUGUCAUAAAUGAGUUCAUAAUUCAUAGUGCAACAUUCUCAAAGAGGUCCCAUUCAGAGAUCAAUAAUCUAAUCCACCUAAUAGACCUGGUGAUUCAAAACUGGGAAACCAGCCUGACCGCAAAGAUAUGAGUGUGAGAAUUUUCAUAAUCAUAUUCAUGGGGAUCCAUGUCGCUAUUGUGCAUUUUGUGCUCAUAGAAAUGUUCCCCCGCACUGCACCAAGCUGGUCAGAUUCCAAUGAAAAGAGGAAAAUUUAAAUCGUGCAGGCAAAAAUGAGGAGGAAAGUUGAAUCAUCCCGCAGUUCCACUCUCAUGUCGUCCCUGGUGUCAGGUUUGCUUGCUCCUGUUAAAUUUGGCCUGUUGUUCUUAUUAACAGCCGACAUUAAGACGACAACAUUGUGACCCUGAUUCACGGCGCACAAACUCUCUCCCUUGCAAUAAUGUUUUUGCCAAAUGCUUCCGAAGAUUUCCAAGUGAUCUUAAUGCUGUCAGAUGUUUUGUAUCUAUUGAUCCGGUUGCCGUUGGAAUGCCGGCAGAUUGGACAACCCAAUGCGAUAAUUGGUUCUUCCAUGUUGACGGUUCGUGUCAGUCAUUUUGCAUGUUUGGUGUUGAUGGAGCAAACUACAGGACAAAUGUGUGCCAGACUCUGACGCAGGGUGAACUGUUCACCAUUGUCUUGUUCUCAGUUGUCCUGAGGUGUGUUGGUCUGAUGAACUAAAGUUUAUUUUUGUUUUGUUUUAUUCAUUUAAAAAAAAAAAAAAAUGUUGUUUGAUGUUUCUUAUUGAUGACACACUGAUGUUUACCUACUUUUGCUUUACAGUCACUUUAUCUGCGAGGACGAGGAUGGUGGGUGUUAUUAACAGGAACGUUUCCGAGCGGACUGUUUAGUGCAGAGCUGUGCAUGGCUGUGAGUUACUCUAUCUGAAUAACAUAUAUGGACGGUGGAAAGAGCACAGUGUUGUCUGAUAACUCUCCAUCGCUGCUGCUUCACUAUGGACUGCAGGUUUUAUUCGUACACGCUCUCGUGGUAAAAGAGGCAUGCUGAAAAUACCAGUGUUGUUCAUAUGUAAAUAGAUAUUGUGACGUCUGGAUGUUUGUCUGUUGGAACUUGGAAGUGUGCAUGGUUGCUUUUUUUUCAUAAAACAUUCAUAUUGA